GAGUGAAGGGUCCUCCUCCACUUCUUCCUUCCCUCCCUCUCUUUGGCAGUAGGCCUGCAACAUGGCUUCCCUUUCUUGCUCCCCCUCCACAAUGAGAUUCCCCACAACCAUCCUCCAAGUGUCCUAGAAACCCCUCUUCCUCUCUCCUCUUCAUCCAAAGAUUGGCCCUUUUUCCCUUUCUACCAUCCUUUUUUCCUCCCAUUUACUCAUCCUCCCCUUUCAGCUUCUGCUGUUUCGGCGUAGUGAAUAACAAGAACGAUGAGCCAUUCUGGCAUUCGAGGUAACCGUGCAGGAUCGAUACAAUCGGAGGAAUCAGCCUUGGAUAUGGAGCGAACUAUUUGUAGUCAUGCAAACCAUCCUUCUUCCAGUGCAUCAUUACAACCAAUCACUUCAAGCGGUCAGCAUUCUGAAAACAAUGCUGCGUAUUUCUCAUGGCCUACUUCUACUCUAUUGCACGGUGCUGCUGAAGGCCGAGCUAAUUACUUCGGAAACCUUCAGAAGGGUGUCCUGCCAGGUCGUCUUGACGAGUUGCCGAGCGGGCAACAGGCCACCACAUUGCUCGACUUGAUGACAAUAAGAGCAUUUCACAGCAAGAUCUUGCGUCGUUACAGUCUUGGUACUGCAAUUGGCUUUCGUAUUCGGAAGGGCAAAUUAACAGACAUACCGGCAAUUCUAGUUUUUGUUGCUCGAAAAGUACAUAGACAAUGGCUCAACCAGAUUCAGUGCCUGCCCACUGCCCUUGAGGGACCAGGGGGUGUGUGGUGUGACGUAGACGUUGUGGAAUUCUCCUAUUAUGGUGCACCGGCGGCAACUCCGAAAGAGCAAUUCUACACUGAGCUUGUGGAUGGGUUGCGUGGUAGUGAUCCAUGUAUUGGUUCUGGUUCUCAGGUGGCAAGCCUCGAGACAUAUGGAACAUUAGGUGCAAUAGUGAAGAGCCGAACUGGCAGCAAGCAAGUUGGUUUUCUAACAAACAGGCAUGUGGCUGUUGAUUUGGAUUAUCCAAACCAAAAGAUGUUUCAUCCACUGCCACCUAACCUUGGUCCUGGUGUCUACUUGGGUGCUGUCGAGAGAGCAACAUCCUUUAUAACAGAUGAUCUUUGGUAUGGAAUAUUUGCUGGAACAAACCCAGAGACAUUUGUGCGAGCUGACGGGGCAUUCAUUCCAUUUGCUGACGACCUUGACUUAUCGAAAAUCACCACUUUGGUGAGGGGGGUUGGCGAGAUUGGAGAUGUAAAGAUGAUAGACCUGCAAUCUCCAAUAGGUAGCCUCAUGGGAAAACAAGUGGUGAAGGUUGGAAGGAGCUCUGGCUUGACAACCGGGACUGUCAUGGCCUAUGCUCUCGAAUACAAUGAUGAGAAAGGAAUAUGUUUCUUCACUGAUUAUCUUGUUGUGGGUGAGAACCAACAAACUUUCGAUCUUGAAGGUGAUAGUGGGAGUCUCAUCAUUUUGACAGGACAGGACGACGAGAAACCUCGUCCUAUUGGAAUCAUAUGGGGCGGAACCGCUAAUCGAGGAAGAUUGAAGCUUAAAUCAGGCCAAGAUCCUGAGAACUGGACUAGUGGAGUUGAUCUUGGCCGGCUUCUUGAUCUUUUGGAACUUGAUCUCAUAACAACAAAUGCAGGACUCGAAGAAGCUUUGCAGGAGCAAAGAAUGGCCUUAGCCGGAGUUGAUUCUAUGGUUGGGGAUUCAUCUCCAACGGUGGCGAAUCUCCCAAAGGAGAAGACCGAAGAAGUUUAUGAACCACUUGGUCUUAACCUCCUGCCAUUACCCAUUGAUGAUAAUCCCGUCCAGGAAGUGAAUCCUCCUUCUAUUGAUUUCGACUUUAAAGUAGAUACUCUUGAUGUUGCAACUGCUGUUGAAGAGCAUCAGUUUAUUGUGAACCUCAAUUAUUCGCCUGCUCAUCCAAACCAAGAUGAUAUCUCAGAAUCAAGAUCUCUCUCUGCUUUCAGAGGUUCACCAGAUGAAGACCUCUGUGUUUCUUUACAUUUGGGUGAUCGCGAGGCUAAAAGACAGCGGUCUGAGCCCGUGCUCGGUGUCAAUUCUCCUCCAAAAUGAUCCAUUGGUUUACAGACAUGUUCAGCAUACCGGCCUAUCAAAGAGCUCAUGCUUCCAAACCCAAAAAAUUCUCAUGGAUUACUAGUUCAGUUUGGAGUUCUGGUUAUCAUGGAGCUUCAUAUAUUAUGCAAGUAGGAUUCUGAAGACGCCGACGACGCAAACAUUUAGCCAUCCAAACAGUCAUUUGUCCUGCAAUUUUGCAUGUUUCAAACAAUGAUUUACUUAGCUUCAAUCUAAAGCUCCAUGUCCAUAAGUUUUUAAUUA